GUGUGAUUCACCGCUCACUAAUUUUUAUCACGGCCCAGCCUCAGACCCAUGUGGUUAGGUUUCCCCAGAUAAAAGACUGGUACCUCACCCUGCAGAUGACAAACUACAUCUCAUCAUUGAAAAGUCCAUACUUGAGAAGUUAAAUAAUUUGUAUCAUAUAUUUGGUUGAAUUCGUUUAACUAGUCUGAUUUUACCCAUCAAGAUGGUACGACCUUCGACGAACCUUUUGAGGAUUACACAAUGCGUCUUAAUAUUUGUCAUCUCAGGUAAGAUAAUGCAUCCAGUUAAGUAAAUACAACAUUAUUGUUGCUUUAUGGAAAAAGGAAGGAGAAAUGUUUCUGUGGCUUGAAUUUUGAAAAAUGUCACACUUGAUUUGCCCUAACAAAAAAAUGUUUCAGCCCCUACAAAAAAUGUGACUGGUGAUUGUCUUGGCGUUGAGUCAGGUGUAUUUGCCUGAUUUUAAGUGGGAAAAGAUGCCCUAUAUUCUGUGACUUGAUAAUACUAUUAUUUUGAAAUAUAUUCAAUUCAAUCUACUUUGGUUUGACUCAUUUGAGCUAAAAGGAAAAUGGUCCUUGUAUACUGUAAUCCUAGUCCCAACCAUAAAUGCCUUGCAUAAUAAUGGCAGUGAUGGAAUCACUCAAGAGUGUUCUCUACAGACAGAACUCCAUGAGUUGAGCAUCCCACAACAACUAAUUAGCAAAGUCAAUCUAAGUGCGAACACUUUUGAGAGGGAUGUUGUACUUCAAUUGAUGUCUGAUGCGAAUAGAGUAAUUUAAAGCUAAAGAGUAAUGAGGAAAGAGUAAUCCGGUACACAUUGAAUUCUAUGUCGGGCAUAAACGAGCAUUUGGGUGAGGAACGUUUCCUCUCACGACCUCUAUAAGCCAGAAUGUUAAAUAAAAUGAGAUUUCAAUUUACUUUACAGGUUGUACGUGUGGUUGGUCCUUUUGCAGGUAGGAAUGUGAGACAAUAUAUCCACAGGAAAGUAUAAUUACAUCAACCUUUCAAAGCGCUGGUAGUGCGUUCAGAUUCGUAUCAGUUGAAGCAAGAUGAAAAUACAUGCACGAGACGUUUGCAUACUUGCCAAGCACGUGUUUACAUGGUUCUGCGCAUGCUUCAGGUGAUAGAAAUCUGAACGCACUACCAGCGCUUUGAAAAGUUGAUGUAAUUAUGCUUUCCUGUGGAUAUAUUGUCUCACAUUCCUACCUACAAAAGAACCAACCGCACGGACAACUGGUAAAGUAAGUAAAAAUACAAUUUUAUUAAACAGUCGUCAGGCUAUCUCAAACUAUACAGCCAACAGCUAGCUCUAAGUGUGCUACAGAUGUAGGAUCUUAAUCUCUUUUGCUGCUGAGAAUAUUCCUGCACUUUACUGACUUUAUUGUCCCCAUAAGGAAAUGUUGUUGCAGUAUCCUGUACAUGUUUAAAGUGACGUUUAAAUACAGUAGACAACAAAUUGACAAUACAAAAUUCAUAAAUUACAUACACAGCAGGAAAUGCAAACUUGUAGUGUAUUCAAGAUUUAAAAAGGCUUCUAACGUUUGUAAUUUCCACUUUAAAAUGACAGACUUGAUUUGCCCUAAUGAAAAAUGUAUCAACCCUUACAAAAAGUGUCCAUUAAUUAUAAUCAACAUAAUAAUUCGCAUUUCCUGUUGCUGCAGGCUAAUUUUCCUGCUGUAGCAAAAUGGCUCAAAUUAAGACCCUACAUCUAUCUGUAAGCACUCUAGGCUACCUCAAAUAUCCUCUGAUUCCCAAGAUUAAAGUUUGUCCAUGUUACACUCACAGCCUUAAUUUAUCCACUUGAGUAAGGUGUAUAUUUUGCUUCCCACAGGUGCCCUGUCUGCCAGCUUCUUUCGAGUGCCCCGCUCAGUCACCCCAGCGGGUAUGAGCACCACCCCCACAGCAAAAAUGGCCUACCAGAUCUGCAUGGAGAUCACCAAUCGGGUCUUCAAUGACUCCCUAUUGAAUCCAAAUUCCGAGGACUACAAGAAAAUGUAUGACGAGGUCAACCAAUUGGUAAGAUUGAGAACCAUAGUCAUAUGACUUUUCAUAGAUCUGAAAAGUCAUAGUCAAUCGAUCAAUAAUAUAAUAAUACUUUUAGCAAAAAUGUUUAUUUUCAAUUCACAAUCUGUAGAAACAAUGAGAAUAGAAAGGUUCAGAACCUUUGUAAGACAUCACAGUACAGUUGAAAUAUAUAUAUGGCAAAUAUAAAUCCUAUAUGGAUGGUGUUAGGAGAUAGAUGGGAGGUGUUGAAUGGAAUUGAAGGAUGGGACUAAUAACAACAAAUAAUAACAAGAUAACUAAUAAUGUAAGCAUACUGUGUCCAUAAUAAGUAUAUAGGUUGUAGGUUGGGAGCUUUUGUGAAAGAGCACAGUUAGAAAGAUAUGGCAUAUAGAAGCAAACCGGAUGGACAUCAUGAAAAUGAUCGGAGAGGUUGAGAGUAGAAGAAGUUCAGGAGAAAAAACAAACAAAAUAUAAUUAUUGUAAAAUUGACUGUGUCCAUAAAAUGUAGAUAGUAAGUAUAAACUGGAAGUAGAGGCCUAAGCAUUGUUGUUCACUAGUUUACUCCAAGUAGGGAAAGGGUGGCGGGGUUGGAAAGUAAUAAAGGGGAAUAUAUAUAUAUUUUUUAAGGAUAUGUAUAUGUGUGUAUAUACAGUGAAGGAAAAAAGUAUUUGAUCCCCUGCUGAUUUUCUACGUUUGCCCACUGACAAAUAAAUGAUCAGUCUAUAAUUUUAAUUGUAGGUUUAUUUGAACAGUGAGAGACAGAAUAACAACAAAAAAAUCCAGAAAAACGCAUGUAAAAAAUGUUAUAAAUUGAUUUGCAUUUUAAUGAGGGAAAUAUGUAUUUGACCCCCUCUCAAUCAGAAAGAUUUCUGGCUCCCAGGUGUCUUUUAUACAGGUAACGAGCUGAGAUUAGGAGCACACUCUUAAAGGGAGUGCUCCUAAUCUCAGCUUGUUACCUGUAUAAAAGACACCUGUCCACAGAAGCAAUCAAUCAAUCAGAUUCCAAACUCUCCAAGGAUGUCAGGGACAAGAUUGUAGACCUACACAAGGCUGGAAUGGGCUACAAGACCAUCGCCAAGCAGUUUGGUGAGAAGGUGACAACAGUUAGUGCGAUUAUUCGCAAAUGGAAGAAACACAAAAGACCUGUCAAUCUCCCUCGGCCUGGGGCUCCAUGCAAGAUCUCACCUGGUGGAGUUGCAAUGAUCAUGAGAACGGUGAGGAAUCAGCCCAGAACUACACGGGAGGAUCUUGUCAAUGAUCUCAAGGCAGCUGGGACCAUAGUCACCAAGAAAACAAUUGGUAACACACUACGCCGUGAAGGACUGAAAUCCUGCAGCACCCACAAGGUCCCCCUGCUCAAAAAAGCACAUAUACAGGCCCGUCUGAAGUUUGCCAAUGAACAUCUGAAUGAUUCAGAGGAGAACUGGGUCAGAUGAGACCAAAAUCGAGCUCUUUGGCAUCAACUCAACUCGCCGUGUUUGGAGGAGGAAUGCUGCCGAUGACCCCAAGAACACCAUCCCCACCGUCAAACAUGGAGGUGGAAACAUUAUGCUUUGGGGGUGUUUUUCUGCUAAGGGGACAGGACAACUUCACCGCAUCAAAGGGACGAUGGACGGGGCCAUGUACCGUCAAAUCUUGGGUGAGAACCUCCUUCCCUCAGCCAGGGCAUUGAAAAUGGGUCGUGGAUGGGUAUUCCAGCAUGACAAUGACCCAAAACACAAGGCCAAGGCAACAAAGGAGUGGCUCAAGAAGAGGCACAUUAAGGUCCUGGAGUGGCCUAGCCAGUCUCCAGACCUUAAUCCCAUAGAAAAUAUGUGGAGGGAGCUGAAGGUUCGAGUUGCCAAACGUCAGCCUCGAAACCUUAAUGACUUGGAGAAGAUCUGCAAAGAGGAGUGGAACAAAAUCUGGUGCAAACCUGGUGGCCAACUAUAAGAAACGUCUGACCUCUGUGAUUGCCAACAAGGGUUUUGCCACCAAGUACUAAGUCAUGUUUUGCAGAGGGGUCAAAUACUUAUUUCCCUCAUUAAAAUGCUAAUCAAUUAAUAAAAUUGUUGACAUGCGUUUUUCUGGAUUUUUUUGUUGUUAUUCUGUCUCUCACUGUUCAAAUAAACCUACCAUUAAAAUUAUAGACUGAUCAUGUCUUUGUCAGUGGGCAAACGUACAAAAUCAGCAGGGGAUCAAAUACCUUUUUCCCUCACUGUGUAUAUAUAUAUAUAUAUUUAAAAAAAGAUUGAGAACCAUUCCUUGAAUAAACAAUACCACUAUGUAAACUAUACCACAGCAUGGGCCUAUAGGCUGUUCUGGCUCGGACAAGGCUUACUUGUCCAAGGCUUGCUUACUUACUUACAGCAGGAAUGAUCUCUGAAAGUGAUGGUCUCAUGACAAUGAUAGAAAUGGUGGACUAAUGUAGUAUUUUGCAGCUUGCUGAAGUCUACGGGUGUCCUACGUGCUCAACAGGAUCCGUUUAUGGGGGCAUUGCAACAAUGACUUUCAGGUACAGUAAACUUGACUAAGUCACCUGGACUUGACUUAGACAGAAAUGUCAAAUUAUGACUUGGAAUGACUUGACUCGUCUAAACUACAUAAGCUCGUAAAAACUAUAGCUUCAAUGACGCAAGAUCCUUAAUGUUAAGUUUUGGUGGGUUAGGGUCGAGUUUAAAACAGACAUCAAUCUUUGAAACAAAAUAAAAACAUUGAAAAUGGCUGUGCCUCACACAGGGCCCGAACAUGUGAUCUUCUGGUUUACAAUCCGUGUUUAAUGCCCGCAAUCCACCUGGUUAAGGUUGGUUGUUGGAUUUGUUAUUAUACUGUAUUAUCUUUAACUUUCUUAAUUUUCGGAAUCUUAUCUUUCACAGACAUGGAUCAGUGAUAGCAAACGCUACCAUCAUUUUCUACACAGAGGCUAUCAAUCAAUGGGUGGUCAAGUUUCUGUUCCUGGAAAAUAUCAAAGACAAACCUUCUGCCCUCCAGAUAAAUACACAUUAUACUGAAUGUAAGACAUACAAAUAUACCAAUUGUAUUUUUCCAUAAUGUAAUAUUGAUUGAUUCAUUACUCUGAUAAAUUGUUUUACCUGAGUGAGUUCCCCUUUUCUCUGUUCAGUUGAAGCAACACCAGUACCAGCCGUGGUUCCAAACAUAACCAUCCCCACCACACCUACUACAACCAUAACAUCUACGACUUCCAUGACUACAACCACUACUACUAACCAGCCAACAACCACUCCAUUGUCUACAACUACAACUACUUUUGACAAAACCAUAGAAGGUCAAAUUAGCGUUGUAACCCUCUCUACCACUACAGGCAGUGGAAUGAAAAACGCUAGUGUACGCAGUACAUCCAGUCCUACAUCUACGUCUUCUUCAGUGAUAACCGAUGGUUCAGGAGGAAACAACAGGACCAAUACAACUCUUCUACCAACAACAAGUCAUGGUGCAAGUACUUCACCUGGGAGGGUGGACCCAGCAAAAACCAGUAAGAGACCAACUACCUCCCCAUCUAGUGGUUUUACCAAACGUCCCCUGAAGCCUUCCACCAGGCCUCAGUCAAGCACCACAACUAAAUCUAGCACAACUGCCAACAUGGCUUCCGGGGGUAAUGAUGGUGGGUUCAGUGACUGGGUACCAGGAUGGGCCAUUGCUCUGUUGGUGUUAGCCGCUGUCAUCCUGCUACUCCUCAUUAUCAUCUUCAUCAUGAUGGUGAGUAACCUGCAUGGUAUUCUGGGUCCAUUUGACACUUUAACGCCAAUAGUUUUCCUCACUGUCUGAUAGCUUUUUUAUGUUACUCUCUCAACAGGUGGUGCGUUGGUGCUGUAAAAGGUCAAAAGAUCUGUACACUCAUGAAAGAAAGAGCUUCCCCAACAUCGGCUCUUUCCCAGCAUAUGUCUCCCAUGGCCCCCAAGCCCCCAUACAGGAGCAACCCAAUGGAAAGACCUUUGAGACCAUUGUAAGAAUACCUCUAAACAUGAAGUCUGAUCAUCUGAUAAUGCACUUAUAGUCGUCUACCUCAACAUAGCCUUUAUCUGCCAUUGGCUCUGGAAAUUUUGAAUAUUACAGCUGCUAGUAUUACUAAUACUACAUUUAGUGCAAUACAAUACAACUUUAUCACAUUGACCUGGCCCCCUAUGUACAUUUUAUGAUACUUAUUAUAAUCAAUAACAAAGGAAUAGGAACAAUAAUACUUUUGAUAAUCUACAAUCCAGCUUCCUCUUUAAUCUCAGAGGCCUUCCUUUUGGCCUUUGGUCUUCCUUUGGGGUUAUCUCUGAGUAAAGUUUGUUAUCAAAGCACUCUAGUGUCUGGAUGUAACAACUCAAGUGCAUCUUGUUGUCAAAAGCUGUGGUUAUCUGUAUUAGCCACAAAUGGAAGGAACCAUAUAGUGGGGAAAACAAAUGAGGCAUACCUCUACAAAACCACGUCAAGGCAACAUCUGCAAACUGAAAAGUCAGAGUGAAAGACUUUAAUCCAAAUAUUUGAAAAGUGUUAAAAAGUGAAUUGGACUAACAAUGCUGAAUGGAUUUCAUGAAAUUCGCCUACACCAUUUUUGCAUGGGUUUUUUAAAUAGGAAGUUCUGAAAUGAAUGCAUCUGUCUGAUACUGAGUUAUAUCUCUCAACAGGAUGACCCACGAAAGAAGAAUAAAACAGGCAUGUACAUAGUGAACCCCUGAGCAGGAAGAUGUGGAGGUGACAUACCAACAGGUAUCU